AUGUACCGCAACCUCGCCAACGACCUCCUCCGUCGAUGCCGCGCCCUCCCCCUCAAAGACCUAACCACCCCCCAAUUCAUCCGCUCCGUCGACAAAGCCACACGCUAUGAAUCUGCGAGACCUAUCAAAGGUGGCUCGUACAGCUCUACAGGGAUAAAGGCACACUCGAAUCACAUGGACACGCUCCCCGCCACCAUCAAUCAUGAGAAGUGGUACAAAAUCGUCAGCGCCCCUCCAGCGGGAAAGUCGUUUGCUGGGACAUUGGGUCUGACACGUGCCUCGCGCAAUGUUUUUGUUGAUACGAGGAUUGACUCUACGUACACCACAAAGCUAGCGACGAAAGUCUCGAUACCGAUGAUUGCGCAUGAAGUGCCGCCUUCACGAACUCUAACGAAGAAAUUCAUUUUUCCUGCCAUACAUGCCAACGACGACUUAAUACCCAACACUAACCCCCCUAAUAAUCACAACCAACAUCAACUCACCACCACCACCACCACCACCACCGCAACAACAACACCACCCACCCAGAACGCCAAUACCCUGGUACCCCAAAAGCGCGCACUUUGUCCGACAAUGGUGGCCCAGCCUACCCAACAUCCCACGCGUGAAGUGCACAGUCGUCUUAUUGGCGGCACACGACCAAGUGAGCCAUCGUCCACGGUUCGUGCUUGCGCAGCAUUAUUUUCGGGAAGGGCGGAUGAGGGUGAAGGUGAUCUGAAGUUGUUGAGGGAUGAGUGGGAUUUGAGGGUGGGUCAGAGGGUUAGGCAAGGUUGUUCACGGGAGUCAAAUCAAGGGGCAUGGAAUGGCGAAGACAUGGGUGGUGCACUGAUCUCUGUCGUGCUCCGUCUACCUCUGGCGUUCAAGUUAAACAACGCCAUCGGCUUUAGGACUCAAAAGCUAGCAGCAAGGGCACGGCUAGCAGCGUGUCCCCCACUGCUAAGUCGAUCAACAGUGGCAAUUAUUGGCGCUGUGGUUUUGGGUCUUGGAGCCAUGGUGCUACUUUUUUUCAAGGCGAAUCCACUAGGAGAAAACGACGCAAAUUUUUAUGACAGCCUUGACGCAGACCAAACAGGGUUGUUCUUUUUGGGGAACAUCUACAACGUUGACAUCCCUUCACGCAUCGUCUCCGUGUCCUGGCUCAUUGGUGCUUGUGGAGAUUUAAGAUCGACUACGUGGUACCAGCAUCAUGCUUGCACGGCACCAAAAAUACCUGUUGCCGUUGCUUCUCGGCCCACUUUCAAGUAUGAUCCUAAUCUGCAACCUCAGACCAACCAAAGUGGAUUGAUCGUCCAGGCUUUGGACGAAUACCAAACUACCCAUUUUCUGGACGUCUACACCCAAUUCCUGAAAAUUAAAAACAUUCAAAUCAAUAUGGACCAAUCGUAUAAUUAUCCUUUCGACAAUUUCUACAUGGAAACCCAGAUUGUUGCUAUAAACACCAGUGAUACAAACUUCAGUGCAAUUCCAAUCAAUUCCAUUGGAUUUGCUGGUUAUAGUAACAGCUGGGUUCCUUAUGUGACCAAUACAGCAUCAACAACGCUUUUCAAUGGAACGACUGUCACUUCUCGAUACGCAUACCUCACGUUGAAGAGAACCAACGUCUCCAAAAGCUUUGUCAUAAUUGUAUUCGUCGUCAAUUGGGGUUUGACAUUGAUGGUAGUCUCUGUUACGAUGGUGGCUCUCUUCGCUAAAAACUUGCGAAUACCAGAUGGAAUAGUUGUUCUUCCAGUAUCCGUCAUUCUUACCUUGAGUGGACUCCGCGCUCUAUUUGUGGAUUCUCCUCCAUCCUGCAUUUUACUCGGUGAGGUAUCUUCUGACUGA